AUGGAGGAUCUUCUCUUGAGGAUCUUCUCCUGCAGACGGGACACUCCAGAGUUUUCUUGGCUCUCCAGAACUGUUGAAGACACUCUUUACAGACACUACACUGUUCACUGUCGUGUUGUUCUUGAUGUUUCUCUCUUCUUGUGUUCAGGGGCCUGUGAUCUCACACUGGAUCCAAACACAGCAAACACUCGACUCAUGCUGUCUGAUGAGAACAGGAGGAUCACACAUGAUUAUGAGCAUCAGCCGUAUCCUGAUCAUCCAGAGAGAUUUGAUGAUGUUCCUCAGGUUCUGUGUGUUGAGAGUCUGACUGGACGCUGUUACUGGGAGGCUGAAUGGAGCGGAGAUAAUGCUGAUAUAUCAGUGUCAUAUAAAGGAAUCAGCAGGAAAGGAGUGAGAGAAGGCUGUAUGUUUGGAUGGAAUGACAAAUCCUGGAGUCUGGAUUGCUCUGAUGACAGAUUCACUGUCUGGCACAAUAAUAACAGAACUGAUAUACCUGUCGUCUGUUCAUCCUCUAAUAGAGUAGGAGUGUAUCUGGACGUGUCGGCCGGCUCUCUGUCCUUCUACAGCGUCUCUGACACACACACAGUCACACACUUACACACACUCAAAACCACAUUCACUGAACCCCUCUGUGCUGGAUUUACAGUUUAUUAUGAUUCCUCAUUGUCUCUGUGUGAUAUUAAACGAUAGAGAGACUCUCUGUAAAUCCCCUUUCUGAUGUUCACAUGCACACUAAUUCAUUAAAUCUCACUUUAUUAUAUUUGUAUUUAUUUGUAUUUAUUGUCAUCUACAAGUUAUAAAUCUAGAUCAGACACACAUACUGUUCGGAAUCUUUAAUAAACAGAGUAAUAAAGUUGCUUUAUUAUUUAUAUUGUAAACUGAUCAUCAAAUGUAAUAAAAGUACAUUUGUGACUCAUUUAAUGAUGAAGUCGUUUAUGAAUCCCUGAUGUGAACUGAUGACAGUAUGAAUAAUCAUGAAUGUGAUUGAGAUCAGCAGAAUGAAAC